AUGCUCGAUUACUCAAAGCAGCACAAGGCGUAUCGUCUGCUGAAUCAAAGCACGAAAGCAAUUAUUAUCUCGCGCAGCGUGACAUUUGCGGAAAACGCGCCAACAAUAAAAACGCACAGACAGGGUGCUCCAAGUCUGAUCGAAGUCGUGAAAGAUGAUGAGCAUGAUCAAGAGCCAAGCGACACAACAGCCAGGGCGAGUUACCAGACCCCACCGAAAGGACCCAGAGGGGCUCCGGCAUGUGUCGAGGAAGUGCUGAAUGAGCGUUCAAGAGGCGCUAUGCCAACACACCGUUCAGGUACACCAGGACGCGACAGUGAGAACGAGUCGUAUGUGCGAAUGGCGCGCAAGAAGCAGGCGGUGUUGCGCUACGAACAUGAGUUCCCAAAUCUGCGGCGCGGAAAUUUCAGCCUGGAUGACCGUGAAACCGAACACGACGCGUUGUACUGUUUCAGCGCUGAAGAUGACGGCGAGAGCGAUUCGACGUUCGAACAAGUGCAGCAAAGCAAAUACAGAGAUAAGUGGCUGCGUGCAAUGGAAUGUGAAAUUCAACCACUGGCGCAGAACAAGACAUGGACGCUUGUGGAUCUACCGAGUGACAAGAAGGCAAUUGGGUGCAGGUGGGUGUUCCGAAUUAAAUGCGAGCCGAGUGGAAAGAUUCUCAAAUUCAAGGCGCGGCUCGUUGCCAAGGGCUUCACUCAACGGCCAGGAGUGGACAACUUCGAGAUUUAUGCGCCGGUGGCGCGCAAGGAGUCAAUCAACGUGGCUCUGGUGCUUAGUGUACAAAUUUAA